AUGAGCACAGAUAUCCUAGUGGCUCAGAUGAUCGGCACGCUCGGCUGCGGCGUUGCAGCAGGUGGUAUGAUGACGCUCUCUGUUUUGAGCAUCCCCAACCUCACCCUACCACCGCGUCAGCCGUCCUCAGUCACCAUACUUUCGCAGCAAGGACCGGGCACCCCGAUUCCACACCUCGCGCACCAAUGGCUAGAUAUCUACGAGCGGGGGAAAAGAACCUUGCCUGUAAUCGCGCUGGGUGCUUCGGUUGCGAACGGAUAUCUUGCUUGGGUCUUGAGAGACACAGUGGCACCGGACUCAGGUAUUAUGGGUGGCAGUUGGACCGGAUGCUAUGUGACGGCGAUUACUGCGACAAUGGGGAUCGUUGUCUGGACAUCGACGGUAAUGAAGAGCACGAAUGAUCGAUUGACGGCGAUUGCAACGCGGGAUGAUGUGUCGGUGGCGAAGGGGACGGUCGUGGGUGACCAGGAGAAGGCGAGACGCGCCAAAGAAGAUGCCGAGGUUCCUGAGCUGUUGAAGAGGUGGACAAAUUUGAAUCUAUAUCGAGCGCUGUUUCCGUUGACUGGGGCUGUUAUUGGGUUGUAUGGGGUCGCAAAAAUGAAGUAUGAGUAA